CAUUAAGGAAAAUGGCGGACGCCCCGCUUAUCGGCAAUGGUAAUUUAUGCUAUCCCUGGAUAUGACGCCUUAGACAUUGUCGAUCAAGAAAAUGGAGCAUAUGGACGGAUCCAUUUUGUUUGCACGUCUAAUUUCCCUCCAUUUUCUAUUGUAAGUCUGUAGUGCAAUAGGUUUUGCCUAAAUGUAGGAUUUUUAAUUUGAAAAAAAUGCUGGUCAAUUUAAAUGAGAAAAAAUAAAUUUGAAUGUUAUGCCCAUACACUACCAACACAAACUUUGUUCACAAUUUUAAUCGGGUCUCGAUUUGAAACGUUUUAUCAAAGGCUAGUUAAAGAUUAUUUUGUUUUUUUCAGAAAGUGCUGAAUCUACAUAAAUCAAUAUUUAAAUCUUUCUUGAAAAUAUAAAAAAUGGCUCAAGCUGUGAUAAAAUAAGGUUCUACUAAUUACUAAACUAUCAAUAAUAACUUUAAAUUUUAAAUAAGUUAUAAUAAGAAGGUAUAAGUAUAGUACUCACUUAUGGUAACUAUUACUAAACUACCUAACUUACUAAUAAUGCUAACUAGACGUAGUACUCUAAAAAAAUGAAUUAGUAGUCCUACUUACUAAAGUUACUACCAUAUCAGCAACACUUUAACUUUAAGUAAUAUACUGUGACUGUAUGUCCACUGCCUAGGCCUAUUUUUUUUUGUGGUUAAAAAUUGUACCAGACUCUGUGUAUAGUAAUAUUAUGUUUAUGAUAUAAUUUAUUGAUAUAAUAAACAGUAGACCCAAUAUAUCUAAUACAUCUAAUGAUUACUCUUCUUAAAAAUAGUAUUGGAUUAAUUUUAAUAGGGAAUAGCUCAAUAGGGGUCAACACCUUAUUGUAGGUACUUCAGUAAAGCACUCCUAGAAAAUUUGUAUCGAAAAUGGGCGUCGACGCAAUGGCAUCAGAGUUUAAAAUUUUUUUUAUGUGAGUGUAAUUUUAAUGAUGCAGGAGUCCUUUUGGCACAUAAUUAAGGUGUGAUUCCGCCCAUUCACAAUAGGCAUUAGGAGAAAUGUUGACCCCCAUUCCCAUUGAGUUUUUUGUUCUUUAUAUCAACUUUAAGUAAGGAAAACCCUAUGUCAAUAAAAGGCAUCUUUCCCUCAAAAAUUUAAAAAAAGAUUCUUUCAUAUUAAAUUCUGAAAAACAUUACGACAUUACAAAUUAAAUGUGUGCCAAUUCUCAUUGAUGUAGGUCGUGUCCAACCUUCGCUAUAGCUUGUCCAAGUAACCUGCAUUACCAUAAGGUCGCUCAGUCUAUUUUCGACAUGUCAUGUGCCACGCCCCUUUUUUAAUGGAGGAAGAUGCAGAUUCUUUGGAAAUAUUUAAUUAUUACAUCAAAAUAUUGGAUAAAUCAUGUUUUAGAAUGAACUUAAAUGUUAUUGAAAGAAUAAUAUUUUAAUUUGAGGUUAGAAAACCAGGUAGAGUCCAUAUUAAAAAUGAUUGGAAUUUGCAGUGUGCAAAAUGGCCAUGGGCAGCCAUUCCCAAACACUUACAUAAUGGCUAUACCGAAGUACUAUCUCAGAGUUUCAUUCAUAAAAGUUACUGUGUCAAAACUAAUAAACCAGGUCAGGGAAAGCAUUAGUCAUGUGCCAAAGUUUAAAGUUCAAAAUAAGUAGUUCCCAAACAGUAUUUUAGUAAUUAGGGCAGGCGUUGCCUUAUAUAGACUAUAUAGCAUAUACCGGUAUACUGGAGGCCGUAGAUUUGGUAAAAGGAAAAGCCAUAUAUUAUUAAAUUGUAUUAAAUUUACUGAUACACAUAUUGCAUAGUUAGAUAAGCUUCAAUUUAUCUAUAAUUGUAUAACAUUAUUAAAAUUAUUUUUUAAUACAGCAUUACUUCUGAAAGUAAAACGCGCAUAAAAUUAUCAUUAAACCAAGAAUGAUAUAGCUCGUGACGCAAACGGCAGAAUUGGGACACAGCAUGUGGAGAUGAGGCUCAUGUUAAAAAAGGACAAACGAAGUCUUACUUUAAAAAUUCAUAACUUCAAAACUACAACAGCUAAAAAUAUUAUUUUGGUGUUAUAAUUCUGUAGUAAAACAUUAGCUCUAUUCAACUAAGCCAUUGGUUUAUUUUUAAAAUUUGUACCAAAGUACCUACAACUUAUUGAUUAUUGGCCUUAUAAAUAAUGGCAUGUAACUGACACUGAUGGAGCAAAAAUCUUUUUGACACCUCCUGCUAAUUGGCAUUGCAUGUUCAGUUCUAUACCAUAUAUUUUUUAAAUCUUAACACUUUUGCAACAUCCCCCUCCCCCUCUCCCCCUCCCCCUCUCCCCUUUAAAAAUAAAAAAAAAUUAUUGAAUAGAAAUCGCUAAAAAAUAAAAAUUCUUUUGAUUUUGGCACUUUGUAAAAUUAAAAUGCAACCCAUGAUUGUUAACAACUAAAUUUGUUAUGUCUAAUUAGAGUUUUGUAAACGUAACAUAUUUUUUACAUUAAGUUCUUAAAGUGAAUGAGAUUUCAAUACUAUUUUUUAAAACCAUUUAAAAAAAAUACUUUUCAGCAAUAUGUAUAUGAUAUAUUUUUUAACUUCACUUCUAGCUAAGGACAAAGCUUCAAUAAUCUCAGCGUUUUAAAUUUUUUAAUGAAAUGAGUAGGAGCAUUUUUAAUUAAAUUCUUUUGUAACUGGCCUACACACAAAAUUUAAACAGUUUUUAAAUGUUUCUAUAUUUUUGAAUCUAUAAGAGUGAGAUCAAGAAAUCUUUAUUUGAAGAUAUUUAAGGUGGCCUAUGUCAAAUUCUAACAACCGUAUUGCGAAAUUGCAAAUUAAAAAAAUUAUUUUACGUAGCGGCAAGCCUGUGAAGAAGUCACAGCUCCGCAGGGCACCAUAAUGCUCAGUUUGGAAACCUCUGUUCAAAGAGGAAAUGUCACAUGCACACAUUUUGUACUUAGAUAGGCAGCAAAUGCCUAUCCAUGGGAUCGGAAUUUUUAAAAGUUUGUAAACAAAAGUUCAAGACAGUAGUGGACAGGUGAAUUUCUCUUCUGAGCUACAUUAUCACGGGCGUGUGGAUUUUAGAUAGGAAGCAGCUACAUAAAGAGUACAACCUGAGAACACCCAGUAAUUAGUUUUACUUACUACAAUGAAAGUGAUUGAAACAUAACUGAAACGAAACAUUACUUUUUUUAGUUUUUUGUGGUGGAAGGUGGGGGGCAGGGGUAUAAGACAUAAUAUUUGGGUCUGUUUGUAAUCAUGGGGGAAGAGGGGGUAAAAGAUCGACAAAACUUGCUCAUUGUCAUUUAUGGAUGGACCCUAACGGAUAUAUUUCUAUAAUUCUUGUAAUAGGUGUACAUUGGAGAAAGUAAAAAUUUCAUCUAUUGUAGAAAUGAUAUAAAACAAUGCAUUUCCCCAAGAAUAGUGAAGGCAGAGAUUGCUGGUUUGUUCCAGAAAUUGGAGUACCUAUUAUAAGAGCCAACAGAGAUUCAUCGUGCACAGUCAGUAUUGGAGUACCUAUUAUAAGAGCCAACAGAGAUUCAUCGUGCACAGUCAGUAUUGGAGUACCAAUUAUAAGAGCCAACAGAGAUUCAUCCUGCACACCGAGUAUUGGAGUGCCUAUUAUAAGAGCCAAUAAAACAAGUUAAUCAGUUCAUAAUAGGAUUUUUAAGAACCAAUAAUUUCCCUAAUGGUCCAGUCUGUCAUGACAAAAUUCUAUUGAUCCCACUAAUUUCCAUGUUACCAUUUUUUUGGCAGCACAUGGCUUUAGGCAAUACAAAAUAUUAGUGUCUAUUUUUGUAUUCUUAUGCUCUGCUGACAAAUGAAAGAUUCAUAUUCACCAUUUGAUGUCAUUAUAUGGUUAAAUGAUAAACUUUGCGAUAUUUGAUUGCAGAUGUAUCAACAUGUUUGAUAUUUUGAGCAGGAAAACCAUUUUUUUUUUCUAUUUUAAAUGCUAUAAUCUUUAAUGUUUAACAUUUUUGCUACUGAUCACUUACUGUUAAUCAAAGGAGCAUGCUGUUCCUACACAAAUUCUUCUAAAUACAAUGUUGCUCUGGAAACUUAUAAAUAAAUCAUGUACAUACAAAUAACAUAUAGAAAAAAAAUUCUUUCAUAAAAAAUUAAAAGUGUUAAUAAAUAAUUUAAAUAAAAAGUAUUAUUUAAUAAAUAAAGCUACUACAUACAUUUAUUAUAAGUCUGCUCAACUGUCAUUUUUUAUUUCUAUGAUACAAAGCUAUUUAAGGAGAUCAUUGUCAUAUUUAAUUUAUGAAGUUAUUUAUAAUUUAUGUACAUUUAAUUUCAGAAAAUAAAAGGAUAAAUGGUGCAAACCUUAACUUAAUAUUGUUGAAGGAAGCGAGUGAUGGAGACAGGCACACCGACACAUGAAACAAGUGGAGAUGGAAACAUGAAUACAAUCAAUAUGGGCUCGGUUGGGAUGGCACUACCCGUAACAUCUGGUAUAGAUCCUUCAGUUAACUCAGCCAUUAAUUCAGGAACUGUUACAGGAACAAUAUCGGUACCGUGCAGCGCGGGUGACGGCGGAUCACAACAGCAAAACAGUUUACAAGCACAACCUCAACAUAUUCAGAUUCCGGGCACAGCCAUGUCCAUUGGAAGCCUGGCCGUGGCCAUGGGAUUAUCAGGAGGAAACGCGGAUCCCAACAGCUUGACUUUUACCAGCAAUGCUCUGGCAACACUGAGCGCCAGGAUGGGCAUGAGCUCUGUGGCUGGUACCAACGCAGCUGGUCUGGUGGCCGCCGGGAACAGUUUAGUUACAUUUCCUGGUAACGCAGCACUGAACCUCGUUCCAGGAGUCGGCAUGAAUCUCCAGGCCGGGGGAACUGGUGUAAGUAUUGUAGAUGGCAGUGGGCUCAGCAUGGCAGUGGCAGGAGGGUUGGCAAUGCAAGCAGCAUCAAAUGUAAAUGUUGUUGGAGUACAAACUUCUAACAUUGGGAACUCCAACAACAUGAAUGUCUCACAGCAGCAGCAAGGGGCCAUGCUCCACAACAGUGUUCAUAUCAAUGCAAGCGGCAGCAAUGUUGGUAUGAUGAACAGCAUGAACAGUGGUGGUGGUGGUGGUUCAGGGGGCCAUUCAGCCAGCUGCUGUGGUGGAUGUAGAACCCGAGUCACUGUCAAGGAUCAGUCGUCACAAACAGAUCUGUCAACAGUCAUACAGGUAUACCAUUUGGGGGACAUUUAACAAACUAGUUUGCAUUGUUCUUUUGUGGCACCUGUAUUGGCUGUAAUGUCCAACUUUCUGUCAGCUGACCCACCCGCCAUAUUGUUUUAUUUCAAUUCCUCUCAGAUUAAGAGUGGGUGAUUUUUACUAACAGUGGAUAUCUAUUCUAAUCUAGUCAUUUAUGAGAUUUAAUUUGACUGUGAAAACACUGCAUAAGAUUUAAACUAAGUUUGGAAAAUAUCUAAGACACGCUAACUGUAAAUGUACAGGGGGCAGUGCUAAGAUUCCCCUUGGCGUUGGAGUCUGCAUUUGUAUGUUUUCACAAAAUUUGGCUUUAGAACUAUUUAUCAUGAGUCACCAUUGAUCCUAAUUUUCAAAACAAAUAAAGGUUAGAGCAAAUAACUAGAUUGUAGUUUGCAAAUUAGAUUUUAAGCCAAAUGCAGUGUUCUCACUGGGGAGAAUAGCGAAGUUAAAGAAAAAAAGAGCUUUUAUUUUAUUUUACAUCCUUUAAUGGGUAAGCUCUAACUCCCCUGAGUUGAAGUUAAAGAAACUUAUUUAAAUACAGAUGGCAUCAUAUUGCAACAUUAUUUUCAUUAAGUUUUCCAUUUCUUUGUGAGCUCAGGUCAUCACUGACUGUUUUUAAAUAAUGUUAGUAAAUGGCUUGCUCAGAGACCAUAUACAUUAAAUGAGAUGAAUAAUUCAAUUACAAUUUUUUUUUAUGGAUAGAGGAAAUCUGCAAUUGGGCCAUCUCAGUUGGAGUCAUUACGAUACAAUAUUUGUUAUUGGAAUGUUUACGAGCAGUCAGUGAUGUUGACUAAUAUUCCCAAGCCAGAAGACGUAGGACUCGGUUCUCUGUAGUGCUGAAUACAAGCAUUCUCAACAUUUCCAACCGUUUUUUUAAAAUGUCUCUGCUUUUGGCUAGGGCCAUCAUUUUCCCAAAAUGCCAUCAAGGUUCAUGAACGGCAGCUGAGUAAGUAAAAAUGUAUUCUCCCUAUAGGUGAAAGCUGAAGAAAGGCUGGCAAGAAGUGGGCUCAUGCCGGGCGCUCGUCUCAUUUCACAUAGUCCUGGUUCUACCGUUAGCCAUGCUAAUCCCAACAGUCACCAUGGACCUAACUAUCCGUGCAGUUGUGACUUUUGCGGGAGGAUGUUUGCCAAGAAGGAGUACUUGCGCAGACAUGUCAGGAUCCACACUGGAGAGAGGCCGUACAAAUGUGUCAUCUGUGGUCACAGUUUCAGACGCAGGUCAGUUCUUUCCGGACAAGAACUAUUAACACGCUUUUCUCAUUUGUAAAGUUAAUGCAAUUUUUUUUUGAAGUACCUAAGAGCUUUUAUUUGUUUUUUCCCCCUCAUAAACUUACCUCACGAUGAUGUUAAUUAUUCUGGUGAGCCGAGACAUAUUCCCAUUUUUAGUGCUAGGAGCAAAACUUGAAGAAAGAAGAAAAAGACUUUGUUGCCCACAAAAAAAUUAAAUAAAAAGGAAAUAAUAAAAAAAAAAACAACUUGUGUAAGGUGUAAUAAAAAUUGAUAAUUUAUUAAAAAUCAAAACAGAUGACUGGUCAUUAUUUAUAAUCAAAACAGAUGACUGGUCAUUAUUUAUUGUUAGUGGCCUAUUAAAUGAAAGUAGAGGCAAACAAGGCCUCUUCUGUAGGGGCACAUGUUGUUCAUCUGAGAUAAGGCACAUGAUUUUGGGUCAUAUUUUUGUGGCUGAAUUGAAAAAAAGUUGUCAUCUGCUUAACUUGAUAUAAAAUUGAUCAAAUUACGUCAGCGAAUGCAAUUUCACUCUUUAUCGUCCUUGGCUUUUGUGACCUGCACACUUGGUUUUAUUCCUAUUUGUUCACAAACCCACCAUGCAUGUGUGCCGCACCUCCCCCCCACUGCUUGGCUCAUCCACACCUUCUGCUCAUUCUUUCAGCCAUCAUCUCCGCUGUCAUGAGCUGACGCACACGGGCACCAAACCCUACACUUGUGGCAUCUGUGGGAAGGCGUUCAACCUGAGGUUUGUCUUUCAUGCAGGGUUGCAUGUUCGUAGUGUACUCUAGAUCAUAAGUAGCACCAAAUACACACGAACAACCCAUUUCCAUGGGAUCUCAAAAUUCAUUGGAAAAAAAAACUGAACUGGUUUGCUCUUCACUUUUGAUAUACUUUUUAGAAUAAAAAUAACUGGAGUCUCAAAAGACUAUUUCAAAAUGUUAGUUUCAAAAGGGUUUCAUUGAGCUAUGUUUAUCCAUUAAAAAAUGCCCUGUCUUUAAAAAUGUCGUAAAAAUUAUUUUAAAGAAAAAAGGUUUGUGUCUUGCAGAAUGCACUAGCUCUCUUUAAAAGAAAGAAAGAAAAGGACCAUAAAUUAAAUUCUAAUUAACAUCUAUCAAAGUAAAUUCAAAUUUGAUUGAAAAUGGGAAUUUUAAUUUGUUAAAGGAUAGUACAUCUCAAUGAGACCAAAACUAGUAAUGCAGUGCUCUGAAAGAAUGGUUGCAUGUAACCCUGCAAGCACAAACCUUGGAUUGUUCGUUUCAAAGUUUCUUUAUUUCUCAUUGUCUUCUCGUAUAUUGUUCUCUUCUCUUGGUUAUUGUUUACAUGUUUCCUACCUUGUAGCCUACAGCGGUCAUUGCAUCUUUAAAAUGACACAUAUGUAGCAAGGUUUGUUUUUUCAGUGAGGGUUUAUUCAAACUCAUGGAGCAGAAGUAUUUCAAAAUAGAAUUGUCAAAAUUAUGUCAUUUCUAAUGCAGAACCAGAGGAUGUAUUUAUAUUAAGAGCUAUGAUCAAAUAAAUAGUUUAGCUUUUAAAAUUGGAAAAAGAAAUGAAUUCUGGACCAAGUAAAAAAAGCAAGCAUCUAAAAUGGAAAUUUAAAUAUUUUUUUGGUGUAUGUUAAAGUGGAGCAUGACACCAAUAUGUAGCUAUUUAUAUUGGUAAAGCAUACGAUUUAACUUUAUGUUACAUUAUAAUUGGUUCUCAAAACACGUCUUCAACUUUGUGGUAUUGAAUGUGUCAAGUUUUAGUGGAUAAAUCUGUUUUAGUGUUUUGCUUUAAAUGUUGCAGUAGACAUACAUGUUGUGGAGUAUCUUUCAAACGAAAUGUUGACGAAAGUCUUGUUAUUUAUUAAAAAAAAUUUUUGCCUCCUUAUUUCUCCCUAUCAGCCACCAUUUGCGACGUCACGAGAUGACCCACACAGGAGAGAAGCCCUACGCCUGUACAGAGUGCGGCAAGGCGUUCACCCGCAAGCAGCAUCUGGACCGCCAUUACAAGACACACACAGGCGAGUACCACCGCACCUUCAAGUGUCCGUUCUGUGAGAAGAUGUUCUUCCGUGCUCAUCACCGAGACAAGCACAUGAAACGACAUGGUGAGGGUGAGGAUUUGUGCACCAAUCGACACCCAUUAUCCAAUCACUUUGUUACCUCCAUGGAUUGUUUGUUUCGCAGUCUUUAGUUGUUUGUCUUUUGUCACUAGCCAUCCAGUAUGAUCAUGAUAUGCUUGGCUGGGUCCACACACAAAAAAGGAGAACAUAUCUAGGCCACUCAAACCUCUCUAGGAUUUUUCUCAUCACACCUCUAAAGAUUAUCAAACGACAUUCCGUCUUGGAGAUAAAAUUUAUCUACAUUGCUAUGCAUUCAUGAUCUCCUGAUAGCACUUCCAUUGGGCAAAUGGGUAGAUGUUGGUGUUUCGUUUGGAUUUAAUCGUUAACGGUCCACCUGUUGUCCAGGCGUGCAGUUAUUAAGCCAGUCAGUUUUUAAAUGUUGUGCAUGAGAAGAAUCCAAGCAGACUUGUAACACCCAGUUGGAACUAACAAGACGAAAUCAUGAUCAAACUGUCCAGAUUUUCUUCUUGUUUAAUUUAAUGACUUCUUGUGGGUGUAUUAAUGUCAACCUGUCCAUUUGGUGAUGAUGACUUGUCGGAAUUAAUUUGGUGAUGACUGAAUACUGGUUUGUGCGUGUGUGUUAUUGAUAGGAUGUUGCACAAGGCGUUACUUUCUGACACUUGCACGAGGCAAGUCAAAAGGGCAGCUGAAUUCUAUCAGUGAAUGUAAUGUAAUAUCUGGAACUAGAAAUCAAUUGCAAGUAUUUUCAUCAUGUCCCCAUCAGCGGAGCCGACGAGUAAUGGCUUUGAUAAGGAUGAUUGCGCCACAUACAUAUAUAAAAAGUGAAGUUGGGUCGUAAUGUUAUGAAGAUUGUUGAUUAAACAAACUUUGAUUAUUUUUAUGAGAAAGCAUAAAUAUUGCAUGCGUUGAAUGUAGAAUUGGAAACCUAAAAUUGUCCAAAUUUAAAAAAAAUAGUUGUAGACAUGGGUGCCACUUUUCCGGCUUAUCCCGGAAUUCCGGAUUCGUGAGGCUAAAUAAUUUUUCAGCUCCGGAUUUGCGAGUUUUUAUAUUCUCUCGCUCCGGAUUUGCCAGGUAAAUUUAUUCAAAUACGGAAUCGGUCUGGGUUUUUGAAAAAAAAUAUCAAUGUGUAACAGAAUGCGUGAAAGCCUAUUAAAAUUUAGCGAGCGCGGGUACGCUAAAAACUGGGGAAAUUCUUUGAAAAUGGACGUUAAUCGCAGAUCUCGUCUAUUUUUAGCCUUUCUAUUGCCAGGGUGCUAGUGGUAUCCCCUGUGCAUGCGUUUUGAGCACUACACGUUUCGAGUACCGUACUACUUCGAUAGACCAGAAAUAUUUCUUUUCUGUGCACAUCGCCGAUCAAGAGAUAUUUGAAGUGUUUGGGUAAGCAAAGUGUAAAAUGUAGUAAAUAUUUUUUAAUUUAGUUUUUAAUUGUUGGGUAACCAUUAUAAUAAAUGGAAAACUACUCGUCCAAGCGCUCUCUAACAAGACUAAGCUUAGCAUACUCAAAAUUUACCGUAACCUUUGUAAGUUUUACUGUAUGCAGGCGACAUGUAUUUUUUGACAAUUAGAAGUAGAAGAGCUAGACAGCGUUUAACUUUUUUAAAGACUUCUUAAGUUCACUUUACAUUUAAUUAUGGAGUAAGCCUUCUAAUUUUAAAGAGGCUAAUAUGAUUAAGUUAUUUUUAUCCAUUCAGUAGUGAGCCUAACAUAACUGUAUUUAGUUAGUCUUUAUUUAUUAGUUAUGCACUCCUGUGUUCUGACUCUGGGUAUACUUUACGGAACGGGUAAUUCUACUAUUACUACUAUUCAUAAUGCUCUGUAUUACCAUAGUGCCGUAGUUUAGUACUGGUAUAAUAUAGUCUAUAUUAUUAUGUAUGCCUUACUAUAAAUUAUAAAUCUAAUAUGAUAAUAUAUUUUAUUUUUUGUUUCACUAUUCAGGAUCUAGGCUCAAUAAAAUAAUGUCCAACAGUUCCUUUAAAGAACUGAUGGUCACUACAGCAAUCAUGAUUGAACAAGUCAUCACUGCUAUACUAUGCUGGAAAUACUGAUAUCAAGUAUUCAAGGGGAAAAUGUUUAAAAUGUCCUGAUGAGACCAGCUUUAUCACCUAUCUUAGGUGUCCACUUCUGCAACUUCUCAAUUUGUGUGUCAAAAUAUGAAAAUCUCACAUUUAGGGGAUUUCAUAGACACUAAAGUGUGUUGGCUCAAACUAUCCAUUUUCAUCAUAAAGAAGAGAACAUGAACUCCAUAUAAGAAAAGAUGCUUCCACUUGUGGUAGCUAUACGUUUGUUCUAAAAUGCCCAGACAACACAUUGCAAAAGUUGACUUUUCAAGUUUAAGUAAAUUGAAAAAUUGCACUUGCUAGGAAAUUUAAUAAAUGUUUACAUGUAUACACCUUAAUUGUUUGAUUUUGUUCAUUUGUGAUGUAUCUCAAUGUUUUAUUUGAUAAUUUCAUGUUUGUUUUUUAUAUUAAUCAACAAAAACGCCGCAUUGCGAUAAUUUGGAAUCUUGAGUUUCAUUAAGUUUCAGGGAUUGGAAAAUUUGUUUCAGGUUUCAAGAACUUUUUAGAAAGGGAUUUCAGGGUUCACAGUUUUCAGUGAGUGGCGGCCCCCCUGGCUAGAGGUUUUUUCAAAAAAAUUUGAUAAGAGUUUUACAUUUUAAUUCCAUGAAUGUUAUUUUUACAUUGUAAUCAAAGACCAGUUGAAAGCUGCUUUACAGCAGAUGGUUUAGGUUGAAAGCUGCUUUACAGCAGAUGGUUUAGGUUGAAAGCUGCUUUACAGCAGAUGGUUUAGGUUGAAAGCUGCUUUACAGCAGAUGGUUUAGGUUGAAAGCUGCUUUACAGCAGAUGGUUUAGAGCAUUACAGUGCUGCCCUUCAAUUUUAACAUAAAAUCCAUGGAGGGGGAUGACAUCAUGGGUCCCUCACCCACACUAUGUCUAAACAUGUGUCCCUUCUGAGUAACUGAGUUGACCUAUAUAGACAUGAAUGUAUUAUGUGCUCCACUCCCCAUUUCAGUGCUGACCACCCCGGACCUGACUGCCGCCACUUUCUCUCCAGUCAACAACAUGAACCUGUCCAUCAGGGCUGACGGCACGUUGAGGGCGGAUGGGAUUUCAGCAUCGCCUAUUAGUGUGGCCAGCAAGGACGAAUCCCAUAGGUAAUUAUUUUGAUUUGCUGUUAAGAACUGUCCAAAAUUAUCCUAGUCUGGAAUCACUAGCUUGGUAAGAUCAAAUGCAACAUUAAUUCUAAUUUAAACUCAUUUUUGAUAGAAAGUAUUUAUUACUGCAUUUCAAGUUGAAUACACUUGUCUUUAAGACAAUACAUUGAAAACAAACAAUGUUUAACUCUUAACAAAAAUAGAGUGUGUAUUUAUUGUAAAUUCUUUUAUAAAAAAAAAAUUAUGUGUUUUUAUUGUAAAUUCUUUUAUCCACCCAAAAUUCAUUUCCCAACGGUUCUUAUCGUGAACUCUUGAGAGCGAUUCUUUCAAUGUCUAAAAACUCCUGUUGUCAAUGGUCGGUGGUUCUCUGUGAAAGAUAAGGUUAGGGGUUAGGGCUAGUCCAUCUUUUCUUUGUAUUGCUUCACCAGCUUUUUUAUGGUAGUCAACGUCCAAUUUUUAAAGAUUUUGAUGUAUUUUGACAGUUCAGAGGACUACCUCACUUCUGACGAGGAAGGCAAAAUUCCCAACCCAAACAAACCUAAGGAGGGAAGCAAGAAAAGAAAAGGAACUUCUCCAAUGCGACUGAGAUUCCCAUACGACUAUAAUGCAAAGGAUGGUGGGGGACAUGAGGGGAUGAAGCUCACCAACAUGGAUAUGACGGGGAUGAAGAACAUGACUUUCCCACUACCCCCGGGAGCGGCGGGCCCCAGCCAUGGUCCGGGAUUGCACGGCCAGUCCAACACGAUCUUAACAACACCCACGAGAGGGCGACCCAGGGGAAGUAAGAAUAGAGGUGGUGGGUCGAACCGCGGCAAGAAGAAGGCGGAGAGGGCGCAACUGAUGAAUCAGCUGGGUCUGGAGAUGAAAACGGAGAGGAUGGAUAUGGAAAGAGAAGGUGGAUAUGGAGGGAUAAAAAAAGAUGAAGACAUGAUUGGGGGGUAUGGUGGAAAGACAAUCCCAAACAUUCCUCAGCAAUUUGUGUCGGAAUCUGUGGUCGUGAGGCACCCACUGCAGGUGGGCAGUCCUCAUGGAAUAGGGCAGCAACAGCAGUCUAUCAAACAAGACGGUUCGACGCCGGGCUCUAAUCCAACGCCGACUCCCACGCCAACGCCAGACGGUCGAGGGCCUCCGCUUCAGUGGCAGCCCCAGCAACAGCAGCAGGUUGGAAUGAACCAGUCGGGAGGGGGCAACGGCGGAGAGUACAUGCCCAGCAUGAACAGGCAACUCCACACACCCGGGCCGACAUCUGGAGUCAACUCGGCCGGUGCCAGCAACGGAGGUGCCGGAGAUGUGCAGCAGACAAUGCACUACAAGCCCCCGGGCACACCUGAUCAAGCACUUCACCAUGCAUGGUCAACCAGUGGCAACUGGCCGCGACUGGCUUUGGCUUCAGAGCCUAUUCCUAACUCGUACAACCAAGUGGAUGCAUCUCGCUUCAUGAAUAUUUACAGUGCUUCAAAGGUCAUGGAGAUGCGGAUGGCUGAUCUACGAGGGCCCCAAAAUUUUGAUGGGGGCCAAUGGAAUAAUCAGGGGCGGCGAGACCAAGGACAGGAUAAGGGAGACAACAGAAUAUAUAGCAUGCAUCAGUGAGUUAUCUCCUGCUGCCAGAACAUUAUUUAAUCGGCCACCAUCACCUCCUCACUAUGUUGUCUUGGAAUAUUACUUGGAAUGGAAAGAAGAAUCAAAGAUAGCAUUGGAGAAGUCAAGUCUACAAUGAGUUCAUUGUAAAUUAAAUUGCCUGGUGACUGGGAACUGACAGGGUUGUAAAACAUCAGAUCCGUUUCCCUCAAUAUAGAUAAAAGCUUUGACUCAUCUCCCCUGCCAAGUCUGUGAGAUAGACAGACCUCAUGAACAAAAGCUUUAAGACGGCUACGCUAUUGAAGGGAGGCUAUUCAGCAUUCACUAAAAGUGGUUGAAAAUUGUGAAUUACAGGAGCAAUGGUUAAAUAUUGGCUGGAGAUGAACAAAUGUACCGCUAGUAGUUGGAGGUAUAUGAGGAUAUACAAGGUAUUCACUGUUUGACCUGGACACUUGAACUAGACUAUUCUAGGUACAAAUGGCAUGGGGUGAGUGGGGAUUAAUUGAUGGAUCAAUUAAAUUAUUAAUUGAUAAUCAAAUCAGCUCCAGGGCUGUAAUAAAGGAAGAGCAAAAUUGUUCAAUCUUCAUAAAAUUUGAUAUCGGGAUCUUGUUGGAUUUGAUGAAUAUCGAACAUGCUUAUCUCAUUUGAAUGUAAGCUGACAGCUGCUACACGUGUAUGUGAAAGACCAGUUGCAUUGGAAUCUCUUGGGAAUUGUGUUUUGGCAAACAAAAAAAUCUUUGAAAAACACGACCAAAACAAGAACUUGGGCCAGCCAACAAGCCUUGUUCAAAAGACAUGAUAGUAGUUUUGAACAAAGUCACAGAACACGGGGCUUGUGGGAGGGACGGCUUAUGGGACGUUCUAACUUGUGUGAAAUUUGGAAGAGAGCGUGCAUCCCUGACUUUAGGUUUUAUUAUACACACAUAGACCACACUAAAAUAUGUCAAGGUUGGAAACCACUACGCAAUCGCAACAUGCAUAACUGAUUUGUACAUAAAAAUCUCAUUUAUAACUUUCUUUGAUGGACGUAUUAUACACAUUUUUUAUAAUAAAAAAAAUUUAGUUAAUAUUUUAUUAUUAUACAUUAUGGUCAAUGAAUUUUUGGAGGAAAAAAACCAGUUAAAGAUGGCUUCUACAAAGAAAUUUGUCUUAUUUCCAAUGUAACAGUUAAAAUUAAUCUAUUUUUGUUUGUUUGAACUCUGUCAUCAGCCCUCACCAUUCUAUUGUUGUACUGCAUGCCAUUAGCCCAAUUUGUUCAAUUGCUUUUAAGCCGCUCAUCAGGUGGUUAGCUGUGCUAGUGUCGGACACUUUGUCGAACUUGCUAAAAUCUUAUUUGGAAAUGAACAUGUGGAAGAAAAGAUUGAUUUUUGUCGACAAAUUCUGUGGUAGUUUACAAAAAAAUAAAAUAACAUCAAGUGUGAACAUGGUUCAUUGUGUCAAUGAAAUAGCCCAACGAGGUUUGUGGAAGCUUGAAUUUAAGGACAGGACAAUAAGAUUAGAACGUUUGGGCAUAGAGCCUUCCUCAGCGCACAGGACAAAUGUCCAGUGAUCGUUCAUUGUGUCGGUGAUAUGGCACUGAAGCCAUUCAUGGUGUCAUUGAAAUGGCAUCGAAGCCGUACAUUGUGUCAGUGGUAUUGCUUUGAAGCCGUUCAAAGUGUCAGUGAUAUGGCAUCCCAUUAAAAUGUCUACUUGUUGAAUCAUAUAAAUACUUGGACAGUUUUGAGGGAAAGAAAAGGUUACGCUGGGGGUGGU